AUGGCAGCUUCAAACCGCAUCAGAAACGUUGCCAUCGUUGGUGCGGGUGGCCACGUCGGUACCUUCAUCUCUGAAGCACUAGUUAAGACCGGAAAGCACAUUGUCACGGGCAUCACCCGCACUGGCAGCCAGAGCCGGCUUCCGGCAGGAGUGAUUUCAAAAACAGUCGACUACAAUAAGCCGGAGACCAUCGUGGACGCACUCCGAGGCCAAGAUCUGCUUAUCAUAACCCUCGCUGUCCAGGUCCCGAAAGAGACAUGCUUGCAACUCAUCAAUGCCGCUGGUGAUGCCGGUGUAAAAUGGAUCCUCCCGAACGAAUGGGGAUUAGACAACACCCAUAAGGAGUUGGUCAAAGAUGUACCUGUUUUCGAGGCAAAGGAUGUCAAUCGUAAGGCUAUAAAAGACCUGGGGAAAAGUUCAUACAUCGCAGUGGCGACUGGCGUUUGGUACGAGUGGAGCUUGGCCAUUCCUUCGGCAUUUGCAUUCGACAUUGUUAAUCGAUCCGUCACGCUCAUCGAUGAAGGAGAGGCCAAGAUCUCGACCUCCACGUGGCCACAGGUUGGCCGGACAGUCGCUGCUCUUCUCAGUCUGCCCAUCAAGCCCGAAGGCUCGAAUCCAGAAGCCUGCCUUGAGCACUUUAAGAACACUGCCAUCUGCGCCGACUCCUUCUACAUCAAUCAGAAAGAUAUGCUGGAAUCUGUGCUCCGCGUCACGGGUACCAAGCGAGAGGACUGGACAAUCACAAAAGAGGUGUCGCAGGAGCGGUACGCUACUGCUGUCAGAGAGAUGGAAGGAGGCGAUUGGAAUGGCUUUGCCAAGAUGAUGUAUACCCGAAUCUUCUAUCCCGAUGAUGCUGGCGUGUUUGACAAAGACACGGUGAACAGCUUGCUGGGACUGCCAAAGGAAGACCUCGAUGAAGCUACGAAGGCUGGGAUCGAGCGUUCCAAGACUUUUACCUAUCCUUAG